AUGGAGGUGGACAUCAAGGCGGCGAGGGGCGGCCGCAUCUUCGAGAAUCUCGGCACGGUGGAAGGGCGGCUGCUGCGGCUGGAGGUGGUGGUGCUGCUGAGCGCGCUGGUGCUGGCGACGCUGGUUCUGUACGGCUCCACCCGGCGCCGGAGCAGCGACCGCCUCCUCCGGGGCGUCAUGUGGAUGGCCUACUCGCUCUCCUACGUCGUGGUCACCUACGCCGUGGGCAUCAUCCAGGACGGGCCCUUCCACGGCGAGACCUUCGUGCUGUGGGCGACGGCGCUGCUGCUGAUCCAGGCCAGCGCGUACGCGGCGCCCGUGCACAGCCGCCGCGACGUGGACCAGCGGAAGAAGCUGCUGCUGCAGCACGUCCUCCAGACGGGGCUCGUGCUCUGGCUCGUCCUCAACGCCACCGGCACCAAUGCCAGCUACCGCGCCGCCAUCUGGGCCUUCUGGAGCCUCAACGUGCUCAAGACCGCCGCCAAGAUCGGCGAGAUGAUCAAGACCAGCCUCCCCGAUCGCUCCGUCAAGGUCGUCGCAGAGUACAUGGACGUCGAGGAGUCCCUCGCCGCCGCCGACCAGCAGCCGGCCGAUCCAAAGACCAUGACAGGGUACAGGUACCUCUUCCACGGCGAGGACACCAUGGAGCUGAGCCACGAGUACGGCCGCCUGUCCCGGGAGGAGAUACUGAUCCAGAGCACCUGCAAGUCCGUGGUCACCAUCGACGCGGUCUACCGGUGGAUCGACGAGCAGGGGUACAGCGACGUCGAGAAGGACAUGGCCAAGGACUUUUGCCUCGCCUUCGCGCUCUUCAAGCUCCUCAAGCGCCGCUUCUUCGGCUACGUCCCGGCGGAGGCCGGCUCGACCAAGGCGCUGAACCUCGUCCUCAACGGCCUCAUCCACCAACAGGUACACCACCCGCACCACCGCCACCACAGGGACGUUGUCGCCACUGGCCCCGACGCCGCCUUCCGGGUCGUCGAAGCGGAGCUCUCGUUCCUCUACGACUUCUUCUACACCCGGAACAUCGUGCUGGUCGGGGUCAGGACGUACAUCUUCAUCGCCGUCGUCGUGCUGGCGCUGACCAUGUGGACAACGUUCUUCGGCACGCUCGGCCCGGACUACCACCGCCUCCGGAUCGGCGUCAAGGACCUGGACCGCUCCGUCACGGUGGUGGUCAUCGUGAUCACCGCGGCGCUCGAGAUGUGCCAGGCGCUGGCGGCCUUCUCCAACAACUGGCGCUACACCAAGACGGUGUACCGGUGCGUGCGCGACGGCCGGCCCUGGCACAAGAAGCGGCAGGGAGGACACCUGUGGUGGAAGGAGAGCAUCACGCCGCCGGAGGCCAGGUACUGGGAGGACAAGAUCGGCGAGUACGUGCUGCUCAAGCGGUACAGCCACCGGCCGCUGAACCUGCUGUCGUGGAUGACGCUCUACCUGGUGGAACCACGGCGGCAGGGCCAGAAGCGGGAACGGAGGAAGGACCUGCCUGUGCAGGUCCGGCACGCCGUGCUGAUGUCCUUCAAGGCGAGCGGGGGACGCCUCAGCAAUGGCGUCACGACGUUGCAGAGCCACAACCUGCUGCCGCGGCUGGCGUGGGCGUGCCAGUUCGCCAAGGUGACGGAUCAGAUCCUGGUGUGGCACAUCGUCACAACGCGCUGCGACUGGUCGAGCCGUCUUCAUCGUCAUCGCCGCCGUGGUGAUGACGACGGCGGCAGCGACAACUGGCUUGUGGCGACGAAGCUGUCAAACUACUGCGCAUACCUGGUGGCGUUCGUGCCGGAAAUGCUCCCGGACCCGAGCUACAACGCCGAGCAGAUCUUCGACACGGCCGUGCGGCAGACGCGGUGCCACCUCGCCAGCUGCGGGACCAAGCAGGAGAUCCUGGCGCAGCUGGACAAGAUCGAGGCCAACGAACAGAGCUACACGGAAGGCCUGGAGGCGGGAGGCGGCACGGAGGGGCGGGCGGGCAGCAGCACCAUCGUCGAGAGGGCGGCGCUGCUCGGUGGACAGCUCGGCCUUGCCGUGGGCCGGGACGGGGAGCGGCUGUGGCGGGUGCUAGCAGAGUUCUGGGCGGAGCUCGUGCUGUUCCUCGCGCCGUCGGACAACGUGGACGCCCACGCCGAGAUGCUCGGCGCCGGCGGCGAGUUCAUGACGCAGCUCUGGGCGUUGCUCGCCCACGCCGGCGUCCUCGAGCGCCCGGCUGCCGGUGCCUCCGCGCCGUGA